AUGUCGACGUCGCCCAGCUCGUUUCCCGGCAGGGCUCCGGCCUCAAUCACAACCAGUGUCACUUCGCUCUGCCUGUUCCUGGCUGGCUGCUGUCCAACCCAACGGCUUUUGUUGGUUCUCGGAACGGGCUUCUGCUUCUGCUUCUCUGGGGGAGCUCUACUCUACAGUAGUGCCGGCCUUCACCACCGCUGCGAAGAAGAAGCUCUGCCCGCCGUCUGCCACUUGAUGCUUCUGCACAGUCUUCCUCUUUACUGCUUUCAUCUCUCUCUCACCUUGCCCCCUGACCCCUACCCGCCGCGCCCGCUGUCGUCGCCGAGCUACACAGCGUCCUCGCUGACCACCCCGAGUCCUCCUUGGCCCGGUACCGCCACGAGCCAGAGACGCCCGCCGCCCAUUGACACGCGAUCUAAUAGCAAUACGACCCCAUCUUCUGCGGGUGGGCACACUACCUUCUACUCCGACUCGUCCAACCCCUCCAGCCCAGACGAGGAGCGCCCAAGACCAGAUCCCCACGCCGCCCCGAAUGAUACUCACAGCGUCCGCCAACCUGUGAAUCCGAAGCCUGUUGAAGGCUCGUCGAGCAAGGCGCCCACCUCUGCCAUGGCCAGUCCGACGACAUCCACCGCACCCAGCGGUCCUACCACAGGCCUGCCUCGCAAUUCCUCCAUCGACAGUGCCAUUUCCGCCAUCUCCUCAAGCGCGCAAGCGAAUAAUACCACUAAUAACCAGGCCAAAUCGGAAGAAAUUGCAAAGUUAAUACAAACCGCCGGCAGCCCUGAGGCCGUCAUUCAGUAUCUGCUCAAAGAGAAGCAAUCUCAGGCACAGCAGAACAGCCAGCUAUGGCGCCUGGUUGACAAGCAGAGGGCCAUGAUCUUGGGGUUGAAUAAAGAUUUGGAGGCAGCCCUGAAGGACAAAGAAAAGUACAGGAAAAAAGUAAAGGAGCUAAUGGCGAGUCCCUUGGUAGUAAAACCACCGGGCAGCCAAGAGGAUGAUAAACAGUCAGACGCGCACAACGAUGCACGCCUGCUACGCCAGGAAGUCGAUUCACCAAAGGAGCCAGUGGUGCCUUUGCCCAACACCCCAAAGCUGGACUCUGAGGGCCAAUUGGGCUCGCCGGUGGACAUGGCUCUAGCUCCCUAUCCAAUCACCCCUCCGGCAGACCGAUCACACGCACCCCCUUCGGCUGUGGCCGAGCUGUUGGAUCCUUCAGAGGAGAUGCCCAAACCCCAGGAAUAUGCUCUGGACCAUUACGACCACGACGCGGAAGAGCAGGCGGCAGACCAGGCGCGGAGAGAAAGGAACAGCGAACAGCUGAAUGAGAUGCCGUACAAUGCCUCCCUACCUCCGUCGCGCAGCCUGCCAAGCCACCCGCCCAAUAAGCCGCCGCCAAAACCUCCCGCCGCCAAUGCCCCUCCGACAGUGACCGUCAUGGAGCCCACACCGCAGCCGGAUGAGGGCAUUGGCAAGUUCCCUUCGCCACCGCGGAAGCCUCCCCCUGCGCCUCUUCAGCUCCGGCAGGAGAUCCGGCGCCAGCUUGACUCUCCCACCAUUGAAGACUCUGAUUCCGACUACGACGACGUUUUAGAAGUGGACGAGAUUAUUCCCGAGAACCGCGGCCGCCGACGAACGCGCGAGGAAGACGAUCGUGAGCGCGAAGUUUUGGCUGUUCAGGAGGUUGAAGUGCGGAGCGCAUCCAAGAUGGCCCAGGCUGGAAUGGCAGAAACCCCCAGCCCUUCCACUGUGCCCGCCAGCUUGCAGCCUGGGAUGCCCACCGCAUCUCUGGAUGCGGUCCUGAAUGGGACCAGACCUCGAGAAUUGACUGCUCCCAUCCUCAGCCCUGGUUUGCCUGCCAGCCCCAGGCCAUUUGGGAACCCUAAAAUGACGCUUGGCAACCCUCCAAUGUCGCCAAGGGGCGGUCCAUUGUCACCAAGACCUCCACGACAACCGAUUCCCAUGCCGCCUGGUACGCCCAUGAUAGUGCCGCCCACCGCAUCAUUGAGCGAUGGAAACCCGCUCAAGAGGGCGAUGGAGGCUGGGGACUACUCCAAGGGCGCCUCUAGCCCAGUGGAACGAACGGCCAUCUUCAGAGGCUUGGUGACUGACGAGUACCCCGAUCUGCUGCUGCCGCCAAACGCGUUACCUUCCAUCGCCAUCCGAGUCGCGUCGUCCCGCAUGAAGCCGUCCAGAGCAAGUCUCUUGUCGUUGACCCAGCUCGAGGAGGAUCCGGUCUUUACGCUUGCCAUCAUUUCGCGGGCUGACGGAGGCGAGCUUUGGCGCGUGGAGAAGGACUCUGCGUCUCUAGCCAAGCUGGACCAGCGACUGAAGCAGUGCCCUGCUUUUACAGCCAAGACUCCUGAUAGGUCACUGUUUACCGGACAUGCGCCUGCCAAGAUUGAUGCCCGAAGAGCCGUCUUGGACCAGUACAUGGAUGAGCUUUUGAAUACUCCCCUUGACACUAACGCAGCUCUAGAGCUUUGCAAAUAUCUCUCUAAUCAUACCCUGCCUCCCAAUGCUGAUGAGACUGGCCAAAUGUACAAACCCAAGGAGGACAACGCCUCGAUUCGAUCGGAUGGUCGACCUACUCGCAAUGGUUAUCUCACCAAGAAGGGCAAAAACUUUGGUGGAUGGAAAUCGCGCUUCUUCAUUCUCAACGGUCCUCUAUUGAAGUACUAUGAGACUCCCGGUGGCGCUCAUCUCGGCACUAUCAAGCUUCAGAACGCUCAAAUCGGCAAGCAAUCCCAAAACAACGAAGCCAGCACCCCAACAGCUCACAGCAACGACGAGGAGCUGGAUAGCCAAUAUCGCCACGCCUUUCUCAUCCUCGAGCCCAAGAAGAAGGACUCCAGCAACCAUGUCAAGCACGUGCUGUGUGCGGAGAGUGACAGAGAAAGAGACAUCUGGGUGGAGAAUCUGCUGCAGUGGAUCGACUACCGAGAUCCUGAGGAUGAGCCGCCAGCCGCACGGCCAGUUCACGACCGUCAGACAUCUGGAGACCAGCUCAACAAAGCCAAGAAGGGAGGCAAAGCGAACCAGCAACAUCAGACGUCGGGCUCAGACACACUGAUUGGGGUGAGAUACGAUUCUACCCACGCUGGAGACGCUCCGCACCAGGGCAACCAUGGAAACCGACCAAAGACAUCCGGCAGCCAAAGCGAGCAUCACCAUGCGGAUUCGCACUCGAAGAUCAUUUCCGGGCCAAAAGACCCUCAGGUGAUCUCAGAUGCCUCCUCGUGGGGAAGCAGAAUUGGCCUGACAGCACCACCUCCGGCACCGGCUCCUUCGCAUGAUGAAAAGAAGCAGAGGAAACGAAGUUUCUUUGGUUUUGGACCCAAGGCGCGCACUUCGUCUGACGGACAGGACUCCUUGUUUGGAGGCAGCGAGGGCGGCUCUGGAGCAACUCCGCCACAGAAUGGCUACCACGGCCCGGUUCGCCACGUUUUCGGUGCACCUCUGGCUGAGGCUGUGCGAUACAACCCCCCGGUGGAUGUCGACGUGCCGCUGCCCUCAGUUGUCUACCGCUGUAUCCAGUAUCUAGAGGCUCAAAACGCAAUUUUCGAAGAGGGCAUUUUCCGGCUUAGUGGUUCGAAUGUCGUCAUCAAACAGCUUCGAGAGCGCUUCAACAACGAAGGCGAUAUCAACCUGGUCACCGACGAGCAUUACUACGACAUACACGCCGUGGCGUCUCUUCUGAAGCUGUAUCUGCGAGAGCUGCCUACGAGCAUACUCACGAGAGAUCUUCACCUGGAAUUUAUGUCGAUAACGACGGAGAUUACCGACAAGGACGAAAAGAUGGCGGCCCUCAACGAGCUAUCGCUGCGGCUGCCCCAGGCCAACGCAACGCUGCUCAAGUACCUGAUUGCAUUCCUCAUUAGAAUCAUCAACAACUCGGACAUUAACAAGAUGACGGUGCGAAACGUGGGCAUCGUCUUUUCACCGACGCUCAACAUCCCGGCGCCCGUCUUUGCCAUGUUCCUCCAGAACUACGAAGCCAUUUUCGGAGUCGACCCUGAAGAGUACGAGCUGCCUUCCCCCAUCUCUGAGACGGGCAGUCAUGGUCGAUCGGACUCUGUCGGGCGCUUCGAUCCACCGCCAGGUCGUCCAUCAACAUCAUCCGGGAGCGCCUCUCCGCGCCAUCAAGGAUGGCCGGAAUCCAUCCGAGACCCAGCGAGAUCAACACCGACGCCUCCUCUAUUACAGAAUCUGAAUGCGGCGCGAGGGUCUCCCACUCCGACCGGGGCAGCUCGCCAUAGCUACGAGCCUUCUUAUAUGCUUCACCAGAGCCCUAGAUCAGUCUCUCAGCCAAUACACAAUACUGGCGGCGGGCCUUCAGACGGUCCAGUUUCGCAACCGCCUCACCGAGCCAGCCCGGCGUACGAACAGUCUCUUCUCCCCGUGACGGCAGAGGACCAAAAUGGCAAUCUUGCUGCGUACGAUCAAGGGAACAUGUCUAGACGCCGGGAGAGCGCCAUCAUGAUGGGUGGCUCGUCUGGCUUGCAGCAUCAACAAGGAUCCAAGAGUCGCCUACGUGAAGAGGCGCAUUUCUAA